CCGUUUUGGCUUCAGGGUUUCAGCUGGCACCUCCGUAACUCCUGGGCGCGUCCUGGGCACCGCGCCAGCGUCGCCACACGUCAUGUCGUUCAAGCCGCAGAUCGUGGUGGACUGCCGUGGCCACCUGCUCGGCCGCCUGGCAUCCAUCGUCGCCAAGGAGCUCCUGAACGGGCAGCAGGUGGUGUGCGUCCGCACCGAGGACAUCAACAUCUCUGGUUCGCUCUACCGCAACAAGCUCAAGUACGCGGCGUUCAAGUGCAAGAAGAUGAACUCGAACCCAAAGCGGGGACCUCUGCACUACCGUGCGCCGGCCAAGAUCUUGUGGCGUACCAUCCGCGGCAUGGUCCCCCACAAGACGCCCCGUGGGGCUGCUGCGCUGGACAGGCUGAAGGCAUUCGAGGGAAUCCCGCACCCGUACGAUCGCAAGAAGCGCAUGGUGAUGCCGGCAGCUCUGAAGGUGCUUCGCCUGAAGAAGGAGCGCAAGUUCUGCAAGCUUGGCGACCUCUCCCAGCAGGUCGGUUGGAAGCACCAGGACCUGGUGGAGCGCCUGGAGAAGCAGCGGAAGGUCAAGAGCGAGGUAUUUUACAAGAAGAAGCUGGCCACCAAGACGAAGAAGCAGGCUGCCACGAAGGGCGCGGCGGUCGACGUUGCGGACAAGAAGGUCUUGGAGGAGGCGGGCUUCGCGUGAGUGCUUCGCGACUGUCCAACUCAUCGGCCACGAGUGAAUGAUACAGAGGACCUGGCGACACGCACAAAUGCAGCAGCGAGGUCGAGGAUUGCAGAUCGGAGUGGCUCUUCCUCUGUCCUCCUUCCUGUGCUCACCCAUCUCCUCC